CCCUCGUAUGAGCAUAUAGAUCACUUGUUACCGCAACUAUGAAACGGCGUUUGUAAACUUCAGCCCCUUCAAACAUUUCUUUCUCAUUAAUCUCUCUCUUUCUCUCUGAAUCUGCAUUUAAAUAACCAUGAGACGGAGCUUGGGAAAGCUAUCACAUCCAGCUAUCGGACAAACGAGCAGAAAAGCCCUUUUUUUGUCGUCACCAUUAGAUUUCUCUACAUCUGCCGAAGAUGGAGGUGCUGGAGGUAGAGGCCGGGGAAGAGGAUCCGGCGUCUCUAAGUACAGUUUCGUGGAGUCCACUCCUGGAAAAAGUGAGCCAAAGAGUCCUGGUGAGGAGACCUCCUCCCCGCCCCCACUAGGCCAUGGUCGAGGCAAACCUUCAAAUAUCCCCCAGUUUACUGCUUUUGGGGCUCCAAUUGGCAAUAGAGGAACUAUCACCGGUCGUGGUCGUGGCGUUGUAGCACCUCCUUCAUCUGAGGAAAAUUCAAAGUCCAGAACCCGAAUAUCAUUUCUUAAGGAAGGAGAAGCAAUUUUACCACCAAAAGUGCCAGGUCAAUCUGCAAACCAAGAAACGAGUACCCUCCCUCCAACCAUAUUGUCAGUUCUAUCUGGUGCGGGUCGUGGACAGCCCACCCAAGCAACAGCACAUAGUGCUAAUGAGAAGGUCGAGGAAGUGAAUCGGCAUGUCAAACCUAGACAACCUGUGGGCCAAGAACCUCCUUCUGCAUCCCCUAAGAUGAGUAAAGAGGAAGCAAUAAACAAGGCAAGGAAUAUUCUCUCAAGGGGUGGGGAUGGUGGUGUAGAAGAUGGAGGUGGUGGAAGUCAAGGAUCUAGAGGAUUGGGCACACGAGAUGGCGGUGGGAGUCAAGGAUCUAGAGGAAUGGGGACACGAGAUAGCGGUGGUAGAGGGCAAUGGGGUGGUCGAGGUGGUAGGGGGAGCGGGCGGGGACGAGGUCGAGGGCGAGGAAGGGGAAGGGGAAUGUCAUAUCGUGAUGAUGAUGAUGACUCGGAGGAAGAUGAGGAAGACACAGAGGUUGACAAAGCUAAUACUGAGAAGCUUGAGAAACAUCUUGGGCUUAAAAAAAUGGACUUUUUGGUUCAAGUGUUUGAAGAAGCUUGUGCGAAAGUGUUUCCUUCUCCGGAAGAAGAGGCCCAUGUGGAUGCAAUGCAUACUAAUCUUCUGCUGGAGUGUGAGCCAGAAUACUUAAUGGCUGAGUUUGAUUCAAAUCCUGAUAUCGAUGAGAACCCUCCAAUAGCUCUUCGAGACGCUCUUGAGAAAAUGAAGCCUUUUUUAAUGUCUUACGAAAAUAUUAAAACUGAAAAAGAAUGGCAGGAUGUUGUGGAAGAGACGAUGAAGAAUGUUCCUUUAAUGAAAGAACUUGUGGAUUUUUAUGGUGGACCUAACAAGGUAACUGCUAAAAAACAAGGGUUGGAGCUUGAAAGAGUUGCAAAAACUCUGCCUGCAAGUGCACCGACAUCCGUAAAGCAUUUCACUGAUCGAGCCGUCCUCUCUCUUCAGAGCAACCCAGGAUGGGGAUUUGACAAAAAGUGCCAAUUUAUGGAUAAGCUGGUUUGGGAAGUUUCACAAAGUUACAAAUGAGAGAAUUACUGCUCCAAUAUGCUAGAUUUACUGAGAACAGAAGAAGAUAUAGUUCUGUCCUGACAAUUUUUGCUUACGUUACAGUCAGCUUCUUUGGGUUUUUUCAGUCCCUGGUAAACAAGUUGAAUUAAGUAUACUUUACUUUGUUAUAUACAUUUGUAAUAAUCUGUGUUGGCCUUUUGCUUGAUUCAAGAGCAGUGACAAAGGGUCCUUUGGCUUUUGUUUGUCUUCCGUUAAGGGGAAUUUAAAUGUAGUUAGUAAGUUAGAUGAUGAUUUUUUCACUUUUCUGUCUCCAUCUUCUCACAGGAAUUAAUGAUCUAGAAGAUUUUCUUUUCUUUUGCGUA